ACAUGUCAGCCUCCAGGGUCACCGGUGCCUUUCAAAAAUUUUCCGGUUUUAGAGCAAGAACUCCUUCAAUUCCCUCAAAAUGGAAAGGUGGACGAAUGGAAAAGAUAGCCGACCACCUCAAGAUGGUAUUGGAGGACUACAAAGCUGUGGGUGCAGAAACAAAACAGGACAUCAAGAAUCGUCCGUUCAAGACAUUGUUUUAUCUCACUGGUUUGGGUGGGAUAGUCGGACUUUGCAAAAUGAAUCCAGAUGAACGUGUCUUCAUGGAAGAACUGAUACAAAAUACUAAUGAAUUAAUGCUCGUUGGUGACGCCAUACGAAAUCCUGAGUCUGAUGAUUUUAUGCAAAAUAUAUUGAAGUAUCAUAACCAGGGACGUCUAAAACGUUUAAGCAUAGGAAUAUGUUCUUUCAUGUAUUACUCUGAUCACGCAGAUGAGACAGACUUGUAUGAAACACAGUGUGACCAUGUGAAGCCCAAGUACAAGGACUUCAAAGACAGAAUAUUAGAUAUCGGGAUAAUAGGACAUUGGAUGGCUCUGCACAACAUGAUGAAGGACUAUGAUAUCAAUCCAAAAGAAUGGGAAAAUGAAAAAGGAAAAUCAACUUGAUUGCGCUUAUUGGACUUUUCUCGUAUUUGAGGCUUGCCUGGCCCCAUACAAUAUGAACCCUCGGACAGUUGUUGGCAUUCAAGGCUUGUUGAUGGACUGGUAUUGCAGCAAAGAAAAUGUCUGAACCCGACUUGUGCCAAUUCUGUCACAAUCAGAAAAUUAUAUAACCUUGCAGCAGAUUUUUAAUAAGAGGUAACAGUGACAGAGGUUUUAAGUUCUGUGAUGGUCUUUAUUUGACGUGAAAUAAAAGA